AUGCCCGCGCCGCCUCCACCACCUCCCCCUCCGCCGCCGCCUGGCGCUGCUGGCGGUCCCCCUCCCCCUCCGCCGCCUCCACCCGGUGGAUUGCCUUCGAAGCCCCCAGGCGGUGGUAAAAACAGGGCAAGUUCCUUUGGAGCGCUGCUUAGCGAUAUCCAGUCAGGCGCGAGGCUUAAGAAAGUCACCCAGAUCAACGACCGCUCCGCGCCGUCAGUUGGAAAAGUCCUCGAUGGACCCUCCGGUCCUCCAAUGGGCGCGCCGCCCGUCCCUGGCAUGGCACCGAAACCCCCCGGCGGACUUGCACCGCCCGUUCCUGGCGGCAACCGGGCAAGGAGCAACAGUGAGAAUGCGGACAGUUCAGGAGCGGCGACCGGCGCUGUCCCGCAGCUAGGAGGGCUCUUUGCUGGAGGCAUGCCCAAGCUUCGGAAGACUGGGAGAGGCGGGGUGGACACAGGAGCAGACAAGAGCGAUUCGCCAUACCUGUCAGAUCCGGAGACGACACGUUCGCGGGCAGCGCCAAAGCCACCCACUGCUUCAGCUCCCCGGCCUCCCGGAGGUGCUCCGCCUCUUCCGCCUGGCGUAGCAGCGCUCAAGAACACUCUGCGGCCUUCAUCGUCGCACGGCGCACUUGGCGGAAAACCAAAGCCACCGCCUCCAGUAGGCAAGAAGCCACCUGUGCCUCCACCGUCAUCACGGAAACCUUCAACUCCUGCACCGCCGCCUCCUUCCUCCUCCGCUCCUGCGCCUCCGUCUGCGCCGCCUCCACCUCCAUCGGCCGCCCCACGACCGCCUUCCCGAGCUACACCACCGCCUCCGCCCGGCCCGCCCCCACCACCAACCAAUGGCCACGCACCAUCCUUGGCUGAGCAAGCCGCCCGCAAUGCUUUCGGUCGCGGAUCUCCCGCCGCUCCUCCGCCGCCGCCACCCGCAUCACCACCAAGGGCGCCAUCUAUCGCUGCUCCCCCACCGCCACCGUCCGCCGCUCCAGUCCCUCCAUCCGCUCCAUCCGCCCCACCGCCGCCGCCCGGCACACAUCCAAUCAAAGCACCAACCAUGGCCAUGCCUCCACCACCUCCUUCGUCAGCACCGCCGCCGCGAGCUGCAACAAUGGAUCCCAGCGCAUUCACGCUGUCAAACGGUGGCUCUAUGAAGAGCACAGCAUCAGUCAACACAAACAUGCUUCGCAUCAACGACGGCCGCUGGAAGUUCCAAGAUGACUCACAACUGCCCAAGCCGCGUGAAUUCAGCGCCGGACCGAAGAAGUACAGAGCCGGCCGCGGUAGCAGUGUGCCGCUUGACCUCAGUGCAUUCGAAUAA